AAAGAAAGAAUCAAACGUGUGUGCGUAGAAAGGAGUUGAUAACUUCUUUCUCCAUGUCCGCGUUUUGAGAGCUACCUAUUGCUGAUUAAUUUGAAUAUUAUUGUUUAGGUCCCGAUUGCCUCCCCCUUUUAAGCCAUUACCCCAUCACCCUAUUUCCAUCAUCUCUUCUCCUCUUCCUACCUAACUCCUUCCCAAUCCUCCUCCUGCUCUUGGGAAGAACACUUAUUCCUUUUCUAUACAUCCCUUCGACAACAACGAGGAUAUCAUCAUUUUCCUGUUGAUCCCAGAAACCGAAUAUUAUUACAAGCUGAAGAAUCGUUAGCUUGAUGAUAAUGACGGUCGAAAAAACCACAUGGAGAUCGAUGGUUUCAAGCUGUUUCAAGCCUAAUGAGAUCUCACCAUCCAAACCCAAGAAAAUUGUUACGAAACAAACUUCAUUCCAGAGGAUUUCAAUGUCCGAUUUGAGCAAUCCCAGCACACUAUCUGAGGAUCUCUCAAUAUCUCUCGCUGGUUCUAACCUUCACGUCUUUACACUCCCCGAGUUGAAGGUGAUCACACAGAAUUUCGCAGCAAGCAACUUUCUCGGUGAAGGAGGGUUUGGACCGGUGCACAAAGGUUUCAUCGAUGACAAGCUUAGGCCUGGCUUGAAGGCUCAGCCUGUGGCCGUUAAGCUUUUGGACUUGGAUGGCUCGCAGGGACACAGGGAGUGGUUGGCGGAAGUGAUCUUUCUAGGGCAACUGAGGCAUCCACAUCUUGUGAAGUUGAUUGGUUAUUGUUGCGAGGAGGAGCAUAGGCUUCUGGUUUAUGAAUACAUGCCCCGGGGAAGUUUAGAGAAUCAGUUAUUUAGAAGGUAUUCGGUAUCAUUACCGUGGUCAGCAAGAACGAAAAUUGCAGUUGGAGCUGCAAAGGGCCUAGCCUUCCUCCACGAAUCAGAAAAGCCUGUCAUAUACAGAGAUUUCAAAGCUUCCAACAUUUUGCUGGACUCGGAUUAUACGCCGAAACUUUCAGAUUUUGGACUAGCAAAAGAUGGUCCUGAAGGGUCAGACACACACGUUUCCACCCGAGUCAUGGGAACGCAAGGCUAUGCCGCUCCUGAAUACAUCAUGACAGGUCACUUGACAUCAAGGAGUGAUGUGUAUAGUUUUGGAGUAGUACUACUGGAGCUUCUUACAGGGAGAAGGUCUGUGGACAAAAGCCGUCCCCAAAGAGAACAGAACCUGGUAGAGUGGGCAAGGCCCAUGUUGAAUGAUCCCCGGAAACUCGGCCGGAUAAUGGACCCGAGACUGGAGGGUCAAUACUCAGAAACUGGAGCUCGAAAGGCAGCUGAAUUGGCUUAUCAAUGUCUGAGCCACAGGCCAAAACAUAGACCAACAAUGAGCAUAGUUGUUAACACUCUGGAUCCACUCAAGGAUUUUGAAGACGUUCCUAUUGGACCUUUUGUGUACACAGUUCCAACUGAAAAUCUUAAAGAAGAUGAUAACAAGGAGUGUGAAACCAAGAGGGAUCAGACGAAGAAAGAGAAGAACGGGCAGCAGCACCAAAGGCAUCAACUCCAUCGAGGCCAAAAGCGUCAAGGUAGAUCCCGGCCGAGGUCUCCGACCAUUCACUCAGAAACUGCUCUAAGCCAAAAUCAUGGAAAUGGAUUGCACUCUCCUUUGCACCAUAAAGCCAGGGGAUCGAGCCUAAACAAUAUUUAGUCAAACUGUAAAUCUUGAUUACUGUAAAUGCAUUUUCCCUUUUGAGCUAGCUAGCUAGUUUCCUUGAGUUCCAUAUUGUCACCCAAACAUUAGUUUGAAGCGUAAGAUUUCUUGUGGGAGGACUUAUUCAUUUCCUUAAA